UAAAAGCCAGCCGUCUUCCCUACAAGUGCACCAUCUUAGAAUAUUAAUCAUUCCAGAGACAGUCUGGACAGAUUAUCACUGAUGCGUAUUUUCUUCCUCGCCGUCGUAGCUGCUUUAACAGCAUCUUCAACUGUUUUCAGCUGGGAACCGGACUGCAGUCAGAAUCACGACUCUUGUGAAAGCGACAGCGAUUGCUGCACUGGAUCUUGUCGCACGAUUCGUUUUUCAUCCAGCAUCCAAAUAUUCAAACCCCUUGACUCACCCUAUGCGUCUUGUAAUAGGUUAGUGGUUUCCUUGAUAAUCAUCGCGAGGGCUAGUCAAAGGAGCUCGCACGUCGCGAGAUUGUUUGUUGGGUCAUAAGCAACG